GACCUCCCCUUCUCACGACCCCACGCCUUCAGGCUUUCACCUUUUGCACCCAUUCUUCCAACCUCAUCCUCAACUUUCCUCUCGACCUCAUACUUUGGGCUCCAUCUGUCCCUAAAUCAUCCUGCCCUCGCCUUUCGCAGACGAUCAUCUCACUCCAUCCAUCAUAACCGAUCGCUUCCUCAUUGUCUCUCAAUCUUUACACUCACCCACUACUACAAAGACGUCACAGACCCUAACAAAUCCAUCAUGUCUUCCUCUCACGGCAAGUCUAUGUGGGAGCCGGUGGUCACCUUCACCGUCCUUCUUACGCCCAUUGAGCAAUACUCGAUGGGAGUGAAGGGCAGUGAAGGCAGCGGCUGGGCUCUCCAUCACCCUGGAGUCUACGAUGGCUGCCACAACCAGCAUGAGAGACAGAGGACCGAGCAGUGCCUGGCCUGCGGCAAUACUUCCACCCGGAAGUAUCGCUGCCCUUGUAAAGAGGCUAGGUACUGCUCUGCCCAGUGUCUCGAGGCCGAUAAUCUCCAUCAACGACUCUGCGUGGGUCGCCAGGCAGCGAAAUCGGCCCCUUCUUUUGGCCUCCCCUUGGAGACUCGACCAUCUGAGAACCACUACCUCGCGGCGCUACUUCCUGUUAAUGGAGCUGACCCGAAGCCGAUCUGGAUCUCUCUUCAUCUUGAUCUCGAGACUGGCAAGAUGAACUUCGCUACCGAUGAGAUCGACAUUGCCAAGGCGGCUGGCAAAUCCAACGACAGCUCUACCGGCCCCGACAUCAUACAGGUGGGUCUGAAUUCGGUAGCGACUCCCAUCCAGAAGAAAUUAGCCCAUGGCGUCGACGCCAUUAAGUUCGGCUCUUCCAAGCACACCAGCGUUGGAAAUCUCAACAACUGCAUCCACAGCUUCGGCAAGCCGGGUUUUGUCGCCUGCCACUUUGGUGCCGUAAUCGUCUGGGCUUACGAAGUCGACAAGAAUCGGUCGGUAAAGGCCCCACGAGAUGUGACUGUUCGAGACGUCCGUCAUGUCUUGGAUUGCCACAUCCUCAAUUCGACCAACCCGGCUGUGGCUCAACCAGGCCGAUUCAUCUUGGAAGGUGGCACACUUCCUUCGCUGAAGGUCAACGAUCUCUCGGAUCGUUGGAUGGAGGCUUUGGGGGUCACUUGCCAGGUCGAGAAGGCACACGUCGCCGCAGAGCAUGAGUAUUUCCAAUCCUUCCCGGUCGGUAGACUCUUCCACCUCGGCCUUCGCUGGUACAUUCGAACUGCCGUACCAAUUGCAAUUGCUCCAAUCGGAGAGCUCCAUGAAGACCACGAGGAGAUUCUCUCCGUGUUCCGCCAGACGGUGAUUCUGGUUGC